AUGCCGUCGUCACAUGAAGUGACAAUUGCAAAAACAAUCUUCUUUAGCAUAAAACGGCUAUUUAAGCAUGACAAUGCCACCAAAAUGGCCAGCGUAGAGCUGUGGGUGGUGAUGACGACGAUGCUAUUGUUUGUCAGAUUCCUUAUCGAUUUCUCCGGGCCAAGCUACUCAAAAAGGUCCACAUACUGCGCAGUUGUAACCAUGGAGCUUCUAAACUACAACAUGGUGGUCUACACCCUGGGGCUCAUGCAGCUCUCAGCAGCAACGGUGAACGACUACUUCCAGGUGUGGGCGGUGCUCAUGGUCACUCUUCAAUACAGUGUGAAGGUUGGCCGUCCGUAUGGCAGGUCCAAGCGGAUCCCACUGCUGGACCUGAUGACCUCCUUCUGGGCAGCCAACCUCCUCCGCGUCCAGACUGUGUUCCUCCUACAGAUCCCCCUCUGGUUCAUCUGGUCAGCGAAUGCAGCCCGCAUCCUCGCAUAUUUCCUCUUCUCCACCAAGUCGGUGACCUGCAACGAGACGAAUGUGAGGCUGGUUUGCGACUACAUGUGGUACGAGCACACACUCUCUGACGCUGCGGCCACCGAUGCCCACAGCAUGAGCGGGUACAAAUACUUGGUGUGCGGGGAAGAUCAGCAGGAGAUGAAGCUUGGACCUGACAAGUGCAGGCUGACGCUGGAUGUGGAGCACACGAGGCUCAUCACAGUGGAGAGGAUAUGGGGUUUUCACGAAAGCGGGUUGCUGGGUACAAACGCUGACCCUGACGACCAGCUCAAGGACGUAUGCCUGUCUUAUGCCCUGUACAAGCUGCUACGGCGUCGGUUCCACGACCUGCCAAUACAUGAGGCCCAGCAAGACAAGACAAAUAAGCUCGUUUUCGAGGGCAUCUUGAAGUACAUGGACGAUGACGACUACGAGAGGGUGUUCCGCAUCACCAGGGUCGAGCUGUCCUUCCUCCACGACCUGUUCCACAGUAAGCGUGCGCAGGUGUUCUCAACUGGAUUUCAACUCUAUAGCCUGCUGCUCUCUCUCAUCUUGGUUGCGGCUACCGGGUAUAUCGUAUAUCCUGUUCGUCAGAUACCUCAGAGGAUUGGCCAAGCAGACCUCAACGGAAAUAGAAUCACCCGCGGAGUGUUCAUCACCUACAUCAUCGUCGGUUUUAUAAUUGCCAAAGAGGUUUCGGAAAUCAUUAUGUAUAUGUUCUCACACUGGGCUAUGGUCUGGAUGAUCUCCAUUCACAUCACGUAUAAAAGAUUUGGACGUUGUUGGCUAGUCGUAAAGGCCAUGAGAUGCAUGUUCAUAUUGAUAAGGAAAGGCAAGUGGAAGCACAAGAUCGGACAGUACAACCUUCUGAUUUCAUCUCGUCAACAGGAGUACACAUACAAGCGCAAGCUGCUUCUUGUAACUACAAGGAUCGACUUGGAGACAGAGAUAAAGAAGGUGAUAAUUGAGUCGUUUAAGGGUUUAACUUCUCUAGACCCAAUACCUGAAACAAUUAAGGGUCUAAAUCAGAUCCCAGGAAGGACGGGGGCCUAUUUUUCCAAGGCCUUCGGGUCAAAAGGAGUAGACUUUCUGCAGCAGCUGAAAUGGGCCAUCGAUCUUGAGGCUGACACCCACUGGAUACUGGUCUGGCACAUCGCCACCAGCCUUUGUGAGAUCAAUAUCUCCCUUGACGUUGCCAAGGAGCUCAAGACUUUGUGGUUGAAACCAAGGCCGUUUGUCAAAAAAUCAAGAGCUCCCGAAGGUGUGUGGGAGCAUUACAUGACUGCAUCCACCUUAUCCAACUACUGUGGGUACCUGCUACAGAACAAGAGCCUAGUGCCUGACAAUAGCCUCGUUAACAAUAGCGUCGUUAGCGAGGUUUGCAGUGAAACCAACCAAGCAACAUCCGAACUCGGCAUGUUCAUGUCCUUGUUUGAUAUGCAUGAGAUUCUCAUGAAGAAAGCAAAAGAUUCAGAAGAAAAUAAAGGUCACAAGGAAGAUGCGCCAGCUGAGCAACCCGACACCAUCGGAGACGACUCCCUGAUCAUUGAGCAAGUGGCUGGGCAAGAGGAGGAGGGAGAGCAUUACACUGCCGACGCUCUAGUCAAUGAGGAUGAUCCUGAGAAUGGGUUCGAGGAUGACCAUGAAGAUCAAGACACCAUAAUCAUGAUGGGGACGAGACUUGGGAAGCAGCUGAUGGAGAAGUACGACAACGACAAGGUAGGGCUCUGGGUAGACUUGGCCAAGUUCUGGACGGGAUUCCUCCUCCACUUGGCUGCCAACACCGCCGCAGUGAAGCACAGGAGGCAUCUCGCAGGGAGCGGGGAGCUAAUAACACACCUAUGGGCUCUGCUAUCUCAUGCAGGCAUUCUUGGCAGCCGCCACGGGGAGCAGAUCCUAGACCCACUGGACCUCGCCGACAUCCAAGCUGCCGGCACUGGGGUGACUGAUCCGGAUAGGUUCCCAACCUUCGUUACCUAG